UCUGUGCAUUGUUUGUUAUUGUUUAUUAUUUUGUUAUAUUAAUUAGAGAAAUACGUAUUACUUAAAAGAAAUCGGUUCUAUUCUAGCAUACAUAAAUACACAAAAAGAUGCCUCAGUGGUGUGCUGUACCGCAUUGUUCAUCAGCCAAAGGUGGUCAUAGAUUUCCAUGCGAUAAAUCUCGGUCACAAAAAUGGGUAACAGCUAUACGGAGAGAAGACUUCAUCCCAUCAAAACAUGCAGUAGUUUGUAAAGAUCAUUUCACUCCUGAAGACUAUGCAUUACCAAAGGAUCCAUUGUACCCAAAUCCAACACCUCGUCUGAAAAAAGAGGCAGUGCCAAGUGUUUUUCCCUGGAAUAGUUCUCAAUUUAAUGAUAAAAAAAAGAUCGGACGCCAUCAAAAAGGCAUUAAAAGACGACAAAAGAAAGAAGAACAAGAAAAGAAAAACCAAAGCUACCAAAACAGUAGCAUGGAAGCAAUAGAGUAUGUUGAAGUGGAAAUUGAAAGUAUGUCCAAAGAUAUAGGGAUACAGUGCUCUAUAGGUGAUCCAUGUUGCAACAACAAAAUUGGAUUCAUGAAAGACAACCACAGCUUUAUUAAAAAAAAUGCAGUAGAAAUAUAGAUUCAUUUUGUAUACAAUAUUUAGUUAACCUAAGGAAGUAAGUACAUUUCUAUACAGGAUGUGAUGAUUAUAAGCAUUUUAUGUUCAUAUUUAGUUAAUUUGGUGAGGAAGUAAAUGAACUUAAGUAUUAACUUUUGCAAUCAAACCAUUGUAUGGUGCUUGUUCACUCUCUCUUGCAAUGAGUGUUUUCUCAUAGCUAUGACAUAAGAAGAACAUGUUAAAUAUAGGAUUAUCUUUUUGUUUUAAAAACAGUGGGUCAUUAGCUCAUUAGUAAAUAAUAUUUUUAUUAUAUGGAUUAAAUACUAGUGCUGUAAACUAAAAGACUUAAAUUUGUGUGUGUCUUAGCAAGUACAAGACAACAAUAUGAAAAUUUUGGGCAAAACAAAUACAUGUACAAUUAUAAUAGUUUGUACAGAAAUAAAAAUUGAGAAACCCAAAAAUCCUGCUUCUCAACAACUUACUCUAGUUAUAAAUCAACCAACACCCAUAGUGCUCAUUGGUGUUUCUGCAACUGGAUGUGUAAUAUUUGUUAUAGGUGAAUAAUAUGGUGUGUCUAGUAGUGACAUAAGCAACUAUUUGAAAAGGGUGGAUCGAGGUGAAAUGUGAAUGGAGACAUUGUUGACAGAGGAUUUAAUAUACAAGACCUUAAGUGGCAAAAAACAUUACAGUGAACAUGCCUGAAUUUUUAAAUGAUACUAGUGGACAGUUUAAAUCACAAACUUUGAAGAUUCAGAAAAUUUGAGCAAAAUAUGUAAAAUUUUGUCUUGUAAAUUCACAUCGACCUUAGCACUUCUAAGUAGCAGAAUUAUUGUCAUUUGUUUUAUGUUGGCAUAUUUAAGUCAAUUAUUAAACUAUAAUAAGUAUUAAAUAAAACACUUUUUAAGAACUUUAGUUAUUUUAGUUAAACACUUUUCAAAGGUUAGAAUUUGCAUGUUAAAGUAAAAAAAUAUUGGUCAUUAAUAUACUAUUUAUUAUGUUCAUACCAAUUAUGUGGAAAUGUACCUGUUGAGUAAUAAGUAGACUUAUGGUAUAAUUAGAAUAAAAGAGAGCCUAAUCUAUAUAAAAAAAAUCUGUUUUCUUUAUGAUGUAACUAGUAAUGAAAUAUGCUAAUUAUAAUUAAAUGAAUUAUAC